AUGCUAAUUCCUGCAUACCAGCCCCGGCUCAUCAGAGAAAAACCUGCAGUGAAGAACGUCCGGGUAUGGCCUGAGGGAGCGAUAUCUGCACUACAGGACUGUUUUGAGUGCACUGAAUGGAGCAUCUUCAAGGAGGCUGCAACAGACAACCAACGCACCAACGUGGAGGAGUACGCUGCGUCGGUGUCCGACUACAUCAGUUGGUGCAUGGAAAACGAGACAGCAACAAAAACAAUUGUCACUCGGGCAAACCAGAAACCUUGGAUGACCAAGGAGGUUCGAGCGAAGCUUAGAGAACGAAAUGCUGCGUUCAAAUCUGGUGAUGCUGUGGCUCUCAGGUCUACAAGGGCUAACCUGAAGCACGCCAUCAGAGAUGCCAAGCGAGCCCAUAGCCGGAAAAUCCAAGGUCUCUUCCAAGACUCCAACGACACGAGGAAACUGUGGCAGGGCAUCCAGUCUGUCACGGACUACAAACCCCCUCCCUCAUCCUGCCAGAACGACACCGGCUUCCUCAACGAGCUCAACAACUUCUUUGGAAGAUUUGAGGAGCUGAACUCCAACCCUGCGAGGAAAGCGACACGACACCCCGACGAACAAGCGCUCAGACUAGAAACAUCAGCAGUGCGGAAAGUUCUGAGGAAGGUCAACGCGCGGAAAGCUGCAGGUCCCGACAACAUUCCAGCAGACAACAGCAUCUCAUAA